CCAUUUUGUCGACUUUGGAGUCGGCGCCGUCUCAGCCGCAAAAUAAAAUAAAAGAACAAAGGGCAAAUCGAAAACCAUGGGCGAAACGGAGGUGCAGAAAUGGCAGACGCAGCAGGAUGGGUUCGGCCACCUCACCCAGUCGAAUGCGCCGAUGCCCAAGCCGGGCAAAGAUGAAGUUCUCGUCAAGAUCAACGCCGUCUCCCUAAACUACCGCGACACCGAGGUGGUCAUGGGCCUGUACAACCACCACAAGACGGUGGAAUCAGGCAGACCGGACCCCAUCGUCCCGUGCUCGGACAUGUGCGGCACGGUGGUAGCAGUGGGCGAGAGCAGCAACAGCAGCAGCAGCGACGUGACGUGGAAAGUCGGCGACAGGGUUUUAUCGACCUUCAAUCAGAGUCACCUGUCGGGACAGAUCCAGGGGGCCGACAUGGCCACGGGGCUCGGGCUGCCCCUCGACGGCGUGCUGCAGACCUACCGCGUGUUCCCCGCGACGGGACUGGUCAGGGCGCCUAGCCAUUUGUCGGACGAGGAGGCGGCGUGUCUUCCCAUUGCUGCCGUGACGGCCUGGAUGGCUAUCAACCAGUUCCGACCGUUGGGUCAGCCGGGAGGGGCAGGGGAGACGGUGCUGCUGCAAGGGACGGGAGGGGUGAGCGUGAGUGGGUUGCAGAUUGCGCAUGCUGCUGGGGGCAAGACCAUCGUCACAUCUUCGUCGGACGCCAAACUGGAGCGAGCCAAGAAACUCGGCGCCGACCACGUCAUCAACUACCGCACGAACCCGGACUGGGAGAAUGCCGUGAUGGAGAUGACGGGCGGACGAGGCGCCGACAUCAUUCUCGAGUGUGGUGGCGCGCAGACACUGAGGAAGUCGUUCGAUGCCGUGGCCUUUGGAGGGGCUAUUGCCUGCAUCGGGUACGUCUCGGGGAAGCAGGACGCGCCGGGCGAUAGGACCAAUGUGAACCUGUUGGCACUCUUGCGGAACGUGACUCUGAAGGGCAUUAUCAAUGGGCCUCGCGAUCGGUUUGAGGAGAUGAUCAGGUUUUAUGAGGCGCAUGGCAUCCACCCGGUCGUGGACAAGGUGUUUGGCUUCGAGGAGGCGGUGGAAGCGUUCGAGUACUUGUUCCAGGGGUCGCACUUUGGGAAAGUCGUGAUCAAGGUGGGUGCUUGAGAGGCUGCGUGCCCUGGGUUUCGUCAAGAGAGUCGAAGCAUAUAGUGUCAGACGUGUGGAGUACCUUGGUCCUAUAUAUCCACCCUUAUUUCCCCUGCUUUUUCCGUAUAGUUAGAUAUUCCCGUGAAGUAUUAUAAACUUC